AUGCCUGAAAUUGAAAGUGAUUGGCAUAAACGUUUUCGUGCUGCUAAAAUGCACGUUCACAGAUACUAUAUUUUCUAUACAAUUUCUGCUCCGAUUGUUGUUUGGUUGACAUCCAACUAUUUUGUGAGAGGAGGAGCCAAUUCGGAAAAGGUUAUCAAUUCUCAAAGUUUAUACUCGUGGAAGAGAGAAUGCGAGAAGGGAGGAAAAGCAAAAAUUGAAAAAUUAAAUUUGGAUUUAAAGACUGAAAUGCAAAAGAAUGUUCCAUUGAGGGAUACUGUAGUUUCUCUCUAUCCAUUAAAUCAUCAACAAUCAAAUGUUGCAUCAUUUUCCAUGACCAAGGAGGAGCAAGUUAAAUUUUUGGAAGAAUUAUUCCCUGAUUUGGUUCAAAAAUUCAAGUCACAAAGAGGUAUCUUGUAA